UCCUUGCCCUGCCACCGCAGCUCUGGGCAUGAGGGCUGUCCCCGUGGCCCGGGCCCCCCACAGCCUCGGCCUCCCCUUCUUCCUUCUGCUGGCCUCCUGCUUCCCGGGGCUGCCGGGAGCCAAGGAACUGAAGUUCGUGACGGCAGUGUUUCGGCACGGAGACCGCAGCCCCAUCGAAACCUUCCCCGAUGACCCCAUCCAGGAAUCCUCAUGGCCACAGGGGUUUGGCCAGCUCACUCAGCUGGGCAUGGAGCAACACUAUGAACUUGGAACAUAUCUAAGGAAGAGAUAUGCAGAUUUCUUGAAUGAGUCCUAUAAACAUGAACAGGUUUACGUCCGAAGCACAGACAUUGACCGGACAUUGAUGAGUGCAAUGACAAACCUGGCUGCCCUCUUCCCCCCAGAAGGAACCAGCAUCUGGAACCCCAGCCUGGCCUGGCAGCCCAUCCCUGUGCACACAGUCCCUCGAUCUGAAGACCAGUUACUGUACCUGCCUUUCCGAAACUGUCCUCGUUUUGAAGAACUUGAGAAUGAAACUUUGAUCUCAGAGGAAUUCCAGAAAAUGCUGGAUCCUUAUAAGGAUUUCAUGGAAACUUUGCCCAAACUUUCAGGAUACCAGGGACAGGACCUCUUUGGAAUUUGGAGUAGAAUCUACGAUCCCUUAUUUUGUGAGGAUGUUCACAAUUUCACGUUACCCUCUUGGGCCACCGAAGACACCAUGACCAAGCUGAAGGAAUUAUCAGAGCUGUCCCUUUUGUCCCUCUAUGGCGUUUACAAGCAGAAGGAGAAAUCUAGACUUCAGGGAGGCGUCCUGGUCAAAGAAAUCAUCAAUAACCUGAUGAGUGCGACUCAGCCAUCAAACCGCCGCAAACUCGUCAUGUAUUCAGCGCACGACACUACCGUGAGUGGUCUACAGAUGGCGCUAGAUGUCUACAAUGGACUCCUUCCUCCCUAUGCUUCCUGCCACUUGAUGGAAUUGUACCUGGACCAAGGGGAGUACUACGUGGAGAUGUUCUACCGCAAUGAGACGCAGCGUGAGCCUCACCCCCUCACCCUGCCUGGCUGCACACACAGCUGCCCUCUGAGCAAGUUCACUGACCUGCUGGCACCCGUGAUCCCCGGAGUAUGGGCCGAUGAGUGUCUGACCACCAGCAGCCACCAAGUUCUGAGGGUCGUCCUUGCUGUCGCCUUUUGCCUGGUGUCUGGUAUCCUGAUGGUGCUUCUGUUCACCCUCAUCCGCUACGGACCCUGCUGGCAGAGAGACCCCUAUAGGAACAUCUGACCGGCCGAAGAAGGGAGGACCAGCCAGGGAGUGCUCCUGCAGGGCAGCGUCUCACUCAGAGGACAAGCUUUUGCACACAGGCAUCGCCCUGCACCCCCCAAACACCCUUCCUUCCGAGCCUGCCUAUAGACGAGCCUGAAGGCCCAGGGACCCAGAGACAGCUGCGGGACUGGCCAAUGCAUGCAUAGCCCAGUUACUUCAACUGGGUCUCCACCUUGAACUCCUCCAGGCUUGGCUGUGACUCGAACUGCCAAGGAGAGCUCUAUACUAUCGCAGUCAAGUCCAGAGAGAAAGAAGCAGCUAGAACACUCCAGCCUGCCCAGCACCAAAGGUUAAGACACAGAGAGGAGAGAAGACAGGAGACGGGGUGGAAUUCAAAGGAGUCACACAGAAAAUACUGUGGAAGAAGACCAUGGGGGGUGGAAACGUGGCACUGUAGUACUUAUCUCCCAUGGAUGAGGUACUGGGUUUGAUUCUUGGGGUAGACACCACACACACACACACACACACACACACACACACGCACGCACGCACGCACGCACAAGCACACAAUGUCUCAACCAAAAGUUAAAUAAAGCAAUAUUUCCUUUAGUUAUCAAGUUGGGUUUACUGCAAAGACACAUUAAUGCAUGAAAAGUAACGCCAAGCAUAUUCAAGUUUGAUGGCCAAUAUAUGACUGUGUGCUCCAGCAGCUACACAUAAAUAAUGCAGACCGCGGAAAUGCCUCAGGAUUGAAGCCUCGGGGAUUGUGACAGCAGCCGAGGUAGCUGUCAUUCUGUACGUUCCUCAGUUCAAUUUCUGUCAUGGAGAAGAAUUAAAAAAUCCUCCUACCCAGGGUUGUUUUUCCAAACUUCCACUCACCGAGCUGAAUAUUUUGACAAUUCUGAUUUCUUUAUAUCUUUAUUAAAAGCCA